AUGAAAAUACUGAGUCUGUCGCUGGUCCUUGUGGCUCACGUGUGCUGCCUGCUGGAGUCUGUCAACAGCAAUGAUGGACAGAAGGACGACUACAGCCUGAGACUGAUGGCAGAGACAAUCAAACAUCUGACAACUGCUAUUGGGAAACUGGAGAAGAGGUUGAGAACAGUGGACAAACUGGAAGAGAGGCUUGAUGAGCAGGAUGAGGUCAUUCGUCAGCUACAAAUGUCUCUUACAGGACAUGAUGCUAAGUCUGAGGAGCUGACAGCAGCAGUUCGAGAGGAAAGCAGGUCAGCAGAACAAAAGUCUUAUUACCGAGGGAAAAGAGCAGAUGACACGGCUUCCUGGGAACUUGUCCUGGCUCAGGUGACACAGCGACUGAACCUGGCAGAGGCAAACAUUCAGGCUUUGAAAAAUUCAGACCAGGCCAAAGGUACCCUGUAUGUGCGCUGGGGUCAGAGCGUCUGUCCGGGAUCAGCUGAGCUUGUUUAUUCAGGCUACAUCGGUGGAUCGUGGUACGACGAUGCCGGUGGAGCAACCAAUUUCCUGUGUCUGCCACCCGACCCCACCUUUGGCCACCAUGCUGUUCCCAAGUAUGGCCAUGCCAAGCUGUAUGGCACCGAGUAUCAGACCUGUGACGAGCCAGAGUGCGACCUGUCCGCCUCCUGUGCCGUGUGUCGCAUCUCGCGAGAGUCCUCCAUGAUGCUCCCAGCCAGGGACACCUGCUACCCCGGGUGGACGCUAGAGUACUCCGGCUACAUCAUGACUAACGAUCCUAAGUUCGCGGGGGGUAUGGAGUACAUCUGUGUGGAUUCCAGUCAUGGGUUUAUCCCCAGUAGUCAUGCCGACGAGAACGGUGCUUUGCUUCUGUACACAACGUUUGUGUGCGGGAGUCUGGGGUGUCCUCCUUACAUCGGCGAUAAUAUUGUACUGUGCGCUGUUUGCUCGAAGUAAACAUAUAACUUGCUCUGUGUUUGUUUUUUGUAUGU